CGCCUCAGCCAAUGACAGCUCGAGUUUGGAAAGUCAACUCUGAAGCGCCAAGUGUUUGAGCUCGGAGAAUGAAGGAAAAUGGCGAUUUGAAAUCGUAUAUGUUAUAAAUGGUGCUUUUAAUGUAACAUUUUAUUCCUAGUCCGUAUAUUUCGGUCAGUGGGGACGUUAAAAAGUCGGUUUCAUGACAGUUCGUGGUAAAUGUACACCUUCAGAUACUUUACAACAAGUUAGUUUUGUUUGAGUUUGUUUAGCUACUGUGCUAAUACUAACAUAAGGUUAGAUGUUGCUAAUGGGGCAAGUCACCUAGCCUGCUAAGUAAACUAGCUUGUUAUUGAGAAAAAACAGUCAUGCAGUCUCCAUUUGUAUAUGUGUUUUGUCGAGCCAGACUGGGCCCGGAUGCGUAGAUUUAACCAAUACUAUUAUUAUUUAACAUUAUUAAUGCAUUUCGUACCAGUGAAUGAUGGCUGCUCAUGUUGUUUUUGCUAUCGAUGUGGACUGUCGGUCUGAAGAGCUCAACCUCCCAAGAGACUUGUAUCUGAGUUCUUUAAAGCAGUGGAUAUUAAAAGUUCUGCUUUCCUUGGGUAGUAAGUAUGGUUUCGAGAACGUGAGAUGGGGUUACAAGUUUUUCCAUUCAAGAACUGUAAAAAGUGCAAGUCUCAUAACAAGAGGUACAGAUUUCAAAGAACUUCAAGAGAAAGCCUUCAGCGAGUUUGAGGGGGAAUUAGUCCAUAAAGUUGGUGUCAAACAGAAAUCCUCUGAUGAGCAGCACAGACUGCGACCGAGCCCAGCGAUCUGUGUCCAAAACACACUAAAGGAGAUCCUUUUGGACUUCCAGUGGGACAGGCCAGACAUGACUUCUCCCACGAAACUCUCACUGCGACCCAGGAGGUCAACCAGGAAUGCCGCAAAUAUUCCCUUGGCAGAUGAUGAUAUUUCAUGCCAAGGAAAAAAUGUUGUGUUUGUGGUCUCAGAGUGUCCAUAUUCCAGAAGAGAGGUGAUGGAGUUUUUCCAGCUGUCCAGCAGUAACAUUGCAAGUCAGAGGGAUUUACCUGAGCUUAUUCUACCAAAGGGUCUAAUAGACAUGCUAGUUCAUCGGAAAGUUGCCCUGCACUGGGCCGAUUGCAGUUCUUGUGAGCAGGUUAAUAAUGAGGCCGAUGACUACACCGGCUUGAAGACCAUCAUGGAGGCGCUGCAGCCAGUAGCUGGAAAAGUGAUUCCUGUGCUCGCCCCUGGUAUGAACCUGAAGCAUAAAGAUCCUAACUCGAGCCCUAGGGACAACAAGAGAGUACUUGCCUUUCCAACUGGCUCAAGUACAGGAUACAUUUUGUCCUCUGAAAAGAUCUACAAGCGAGCCUUUCCAGCUCUCAUAGGAACGCUUUGCUGGGGUGCAGAUGAGGACAAACAGACCUGCAGUGUUUUGCUGGAGCCUGUGUCGUGCAGACAGAGGCGUCUGUGUGCUCCUGUAGAGGUGACUCUCAGAAGUGUGCUGCACGGCCUGGACACCUGCCGUCUCAGACAGUCAGCUUCAGAGUGCUGGGUCCUGUUUUGCCCACAGAAAUCAGAGCAAGAUCAAUUUGCUUUUCAAAGUCUCUUCAAGGAGCUUUUCAUUCUAGCUUCUGACAUGCUAGCAGAGGUCAGUGAAGGUGGUCAGGUCCACUCUGCAGUACUGUCAGUAUUGUCCUCCAAUCUGGCUCUUCUGACAGUUCUCCACAGUGAGGAGGCUCUGAGUACAUGCCUUGUUCCCUCAGAAACAGCAGACCUUCCUGACACCUCAGAACUACCUGACAUUGUCAGUAGUGUUCUCAAAGACGUCAUGAAAGAGGAAGAUACCUCAGAAUGUCCACAUCACAUUCCUGAAUGGGCAACUCAAGAGCUUCAGCAGUGGACUAAUCUAACAACAGAGCUUGCAGAGGGCUGGUUUCCUCUAUCUGACCAAUCUGGGAUUAGUUGCCAUUUGAUGGAGUCAAUGAGGCUUCUGCAUGCUGCUCCAGAGGAGCAAGAACAAACAGAAGUUUCCAGUCAGGAGCAGGAGCUGACAAACAGCCUAGCAGAGCUCUAUCAAAACAAUAAAGACGGACCCAGCAGUGGCUUGAAAGGCAAAAAACGAGGUACUCAGCGUACACCAGUUCGCCAGAAGAUGAAGACCAUGAGUCGCUCUUUGCAGAUGCUGAAUGUUGCUCGCUUCAACGUAAAAGCACAAAAGAGUCAGACAGAAACAGACUCUUCCAGCACUGCCAAAGGCACAGAGAAGCGAGGCAAGAGAUGCUCCAGUGAAAGGACCAGACCUGGUCCCAUGCAUUUUAAAAAUGAAGAGGAACUGCUUUCCCAUUUGAACCUGAGAUAUCAACAGGCUGUUGAGGACAAAAGCGUCGCUCUCAUCACUCAAGUGCAGGACCUGCUCUCAGUGGUGGAAACCUUCACCAAAAGUAACGUCAAUACAGGGGCUUCAUUCUUAAAUAUAAUCAAGAAGAACCUCGUAAAAAGCACCCAGUCCAUUCGUCAGCUCUAUGGAAGUACUGCUGAUACUGAGAGUAAAAUCAGAGAUUGUCAGCUACAAGUAGUUCUCAGCCUUGAGCUGUGCAAACUGCUGUCUUCAGAUGAUCAAGAUCAUGUGGAGCAGAUGGUGGAGGAGGUGGCUGGAAUGCUGCGGGUGAUAUCUUUGACAAAAGAUCCUGUUUACCUGUCAAAGUUCAUGCAGGAGGAGGUUUUGCCAUUGUACCUGACUGGCAUACCUAAGGUCCUGGCAGACGUCUACCACAGUCUUGGCACCCAGCUGCCCGAGGUACUUGUUGCAGUCCUGCCUGCUGAUUUUUUUAGUGAUGACUCAAUGGCAAAGGAAAGUGUUUCAGUAAGCAGCUCACCAGUGUCAGCCACACAGAGCCUGAUCUCCAGUGUUGGAGACCGGCUUGAAGAGUUACGCAAUCGCUCUGCUAAAAAGAGAAGAACCAGCAUGCUUACACGUCAUAAGAGCAUGACGGAGGCCCCGCAGAACAUCCGGCAAAUAGAGAUGCCCAGGAAAUCCACGAGACAAGCAAAACCAAAGGAAUGUAUUCCUCAAGAAAAGCUCAGUGUAGGAGGCCAACCAACUCAAAAACAAACAGUUCAAGAAGUGACAAAGGUGAGGAGAAACCUCUUUAACCAGGAGAUAAUGUCGUCCUCAAAGAAAGCAAAAAUGCCUCGGAGCCAGUCUGUAUCAGCAGUAGAUAUAAUGAAGAAACGGAAACGAUCACAAAAGGAAGAUGGACAACACACUUUACUAACAAAAAAAGUAUCCGAGACCCCCCUGCAUAAGCAGGUAUCAAAUCGUCUAUUAUAUAGACAAAGGAAUAGCAGGAAUUCUGGAGACACUGAUAUGGUCGUUGUCGAGGAGUCUCCAAUUAAACCUGCUACGGAUUUGAGGAGGAGUCCUAGAAUAAAAAAACUUGCAAGGAGACAUUCCAGUGUCUUCUAUUCAAGCUCACAACCACGCUCUCGAAAUUUGGAUAGAGCCUUGUCCUCCUCACAGCUCCCAGUCUCUGAAAGUAAAGGUGGUAUUAAUAUUAAGGCUGUUAAGUCACCAAUGAGACUUCUUUUUGGUGCUGCUGAGUCCCCCGCUCGCCCAUCUACGUCCAGAUCAAUCAUUAGAGACGCUGAAGUUGAUCGGCUUGGGUCUACAGAUUCUGUCUUUGAGAAUUGCAAUAAAACUCCAAGAAAAUCUCCACACAAACAGCUUGGUUCUGUAGUUGGAAGCAGAAGUCCCAGGACACCCAGUUCUUCCUCCAAAGCUCAAAGCUGUUUCUUCCCUAAGAGCCCAGGCUGCGCUGUUGGCGAGAGCACUAUGGUCCUCCGAGGAAGUCCAUUUAGAUCUCCUGCUUCAAAAAGUUUAGUGCUGGAAACACCAAAGAAAAGCCCACUGAAGGGCAUUCUUAAAACCCCUGUGAAAAGCUUUAUGGAAUGUGGGUCCCCUUCUGGCCCCUCUGUUAGGAGCCCCAACAUGAGAACCCCAAGGAAAAGUGUGACUUGGUCUCCAUCUCCAUGGAAAGGAUUACCAGAACAACCAUUUAAAGUCCCAGAUUCUCCAGUUUCCUCUAUUAGAUAUUCCCCAAGAUUGAUCACACCAAGCAAACUUUGCAGAGAUCAGGGUGAUAUUUUCAAAACUCCUGAGAAAGCUAGUCAACAAAAAAGCAAGGUGUCCCCAAAAACAGCACAAAGACUAUCUGAAAUUAUUAGAAAUGUUGGCAUUGAAGAACCCCAGCUGAGCCAGAGGUCCGAGAAAAUUAGAAGAACGUUAAGUUUGCCAGAGAAAGGUGACCCACAGAGUCCAAAUAUUCUUUCCUAUGAUCAUCCAUCACCACCAACACCAGGAAUAAAAACACCAAGUAAAAGCCCUGAACCAACACACACAAUGUGUACUCGUUCUGGAAGAACACCUCUUAAACAUUCCUCUACUCUGCCUCUUGACCAAGCUAAAGGCCUAACUGAUAGCUCUUCUUCCAGAAAAGGUACAUCUUCACUUAAUGAAGAGAGCUCACCAGAGCCAACUCUUAGAUCACCAUCCUCUGGCAGUCAUACACCUGUUAGCACAAAUCAUCCAACGACUUUGUCAAAUGAGACAGAGCAUAAUCAGGCACUACAUUGUGAGACUUGGACAACUAAAGGUAUUGAUGGACAGAAUGAAAGCAUUCAGAUGAUAGAGGAGGCAUCAUCCUCAGACACCCAACAGUUUGACUCCUCACAGUUCAGUGCUACUUCUACAGAAGAGAGCAUUAAUAUUGCAGAAGCCUCAGUAGUGAAGACAGAAUUAACUGGGGGCAUCAAGAUGAACAUUUCUUUCUCACGGAAGUCAUCUAAAUUCUCAGAGGUUUUUGAAUUCACAGGCACACCAGCACUUUCUGCCAAAAGUACGCAAGGGUGCAGUAGAUAUGGCUUCCGUCAGACUCCAGAUCGGCAACAAAGAAAGGCAGCAGCACGACUUGGUUAUUCUCCUGGGUUUCCAGUGUUCUCCAGUCCACAGGCCUCAGGAACACCUGCGCAUAGAAAGAAGCAGCUUGUGGAACCCAACCCUCUUACUUAUCAAGUAGAAUUGGAAAUGCAGGCAUCAGGUUUACCUAAGCUUAAGUUUAAACGUACUGACUCUUUCAAUUCUGGUGAAACAUCUGAUUAUGCAGCCAAAGGGCUGGUUUCACAUAUAAAUAACAAGCCAUCAAGAGUUGAUAGCCCACUUACACAUUGUUCCAAACAUCGAGAACCUAGUUGUAUAUCCCCUCCUCAUUGUACACCUGGAAAAGGAGGUGUCCAGAAAUAUAUAUGCCAGUCAAUCACUCCUACAAGGCUUCUUACUAAUAGCCCUUCUCCCCUGGGUCCUGGGGAACACAUGCCUUGGACCCCAUCUCCUCAGAGCGUAGGAAGGUCAACUCCAGAGAACUUCAGGACCUGGCCUCGCAAGAAAAGGGCAAGGACAGGUUUGUUGGGGACCAAGGAGAUCAAGGAAGGGGCUGAGAUCUUGGAAGACCCAGAGCUUGACGGUGUGUUCAGGCUACCAGGGACAGAAGAGCCUAAGGUUUUUAGGGACGCUCCUGCUUUUAAAUACGCAUUAGGUAUUCCAUCCAAGCUCUGCUCUUCAGAGAAGAUGGACUGGGCAGAAUCUGUGGUGCAUAACUGUGACAAAAGAGACAGUAUGAAAUGUGAUGAUUUGUCAUGGAUAAGUGGGAACGGAUCACUUGGCUCAGUGGUCACCCCUCCACACUCCAAAGUGAAGAAACCAGUUUCUGCCAGUGGAAUCCUUGCUCUCACCCAGUCACCCCUUUUAUACAAAGGGAAAACAGCCUCUGUUACCAAGGAAACCACACAAUCUGAUGACUCAAGUGGAAACUCAGAGCAGUACGGUAGUAAGGGCAUGCACACAUUUAAUGUCUCGCCUGUUAGCCAACCACGGAGGCGCCAGGCUUGUGGUAGGACGUACAGCCGGAAGAGACUGCUGGACCCAUAAGGUUUUGAUGAACCUUAACACUUUGUGAUGUCGCUGUAUAUUAUUUAUAUAUUUCUGUUUCAUCAUUGCUUGUCUUGAUUGUUUUUAUUCUUUAGGUUGACUUUAGGAUUUUAUGUACUAUUGUAUAUAUUUUUAAUUAUGUGAAAAAUCUCAAAAUGGUCAGAUAUUUCAAGGCUUUUUUUUUGUUUGUGUGUGGUCCAAUUUUAAGUUUUCUUCAGUUAGUAGACUGUUGAACAUUUUCUGCAAUUAAAUUUUCUUCUACCUCCCAUGAUGAUGAAUUUCUUAAUUGCACCUUCAUGCAAUGUAGCAUAGAUCGUAUGGUGAUAACUUUUAAACAGGAAGAAUAUUAAUUACUGGUAAAUGCUGAUAAAGAAUGUGCCAUGUUUGCUUUCAUUUCUUCUGCUGUGGCAGUGGUGCUAUUUUCAUACUGUACACAGAAGAAAAGUAUUAUUUCUAUUGCUCACUUUGCCUCUGGGUAAGUAGAAAUAAUAAUUGCAAAAAAUGUUGGACUACCACUUUUGGACACCUGGUAUUCAUUGUCUUGUCAUAAACUGUGAAAUAAGUGUAAAUAUGAAACAAAUUAUUUUAAUAAAGAUUAUGUUCUUAAUAGUU